AUGGAUAUUGAUGAUGAGCCUAACGAUGACCAUCUUGCAAGUUAUGACAUUCAGCUCUGUAUUCAGGAAUCCAUUGAAGCCAGCCAAGCUGUAUUCCAUCCUGAAAGAUUGGUACAACUAAGUGACCAAAACAGAAAGCUCGUGAAGGCCAUUAGGCAAGGUCACAUUUUUGAGCUCCAGGAGUAUGUGCAAUAUAAAUAUGCACUCGAAGAAGCAGAUGAGAAAGGAUGGUUCCCAUUGCAUGAAGCUGUAGUUCAACCCAUUCAACAGAUACUUGAGACCGUUCUGGAUGCAUCCUUUAAGACACUCUGGGAAUUCAAGACCUGUGAUGGAGAAACACCCUUGACUCUGGCAGUCAAAGCUGGUCUGGUGGAAAAUGUCAGGACGUUGCUAGAGAAAGGGGUCUGGCCCAACACCAAAAAUGACAAAGGAGAGACACCUCUUCUGAUUGCUAUAAAGAGGGGCUCCUAUGACAUGGUCUCUGCACUGAUUAAAUACAACACCAGCCUUGACCAGCCCUGCGUCAAACGGUGGUCAGCAAUGCAUGAAGCAGCUAAGCAAGGCCGCAAAGAUAUUAUUACUUUGCUACUGAACCACAGAGGCAACGUUCACCUAAGAGAUGGAUUCGGAGUCACGCCCUUAGGAGUCGCUGCUGAGUAUGGCCACUGUGAUGUGUUAGAGCAUCUUAUUCACAAAGGUGGUGAUGUGUUUGCUUUGGCGGAUGAUGGGGCAUCUGUGCUGUUCGAGGCAGCUGGAGGAGGAAACCCUGACUGCAUCUCCCUCCUGCUGAAGUAUGGAGGAAGCGGCAACGUGCCCAACAGAGCAGGGCAUCUUCCCAUACACCGGGCUGCCUAUGAGGGGCAUUAUCUUGCUCUGAAAUAUCUUAUCCCAGUGACAUCCAAACACGCCAUUCAGAAAAGUGGCCUAACUCCAAUUCACUCAGCAGCAGACGGACAAAAUGCCCAGUGCCUGGAAUUGCUCAUCGAUAACGGUUUUGAUGUCAACGCCCUGCUUGCUGACCACAUUUCCCAGAGCUACGAUGAUGAGAGAAAGACUGCACUAUAUUUUGCCGUCUCAAAUAAUGAUAUCCACUGCACAGAAGUCCUUCUGGCUGCAGGGGCAGACCCCAACUUAGAUCCCCUCAACUGUCUCCUUGUGGCCGUGAGGGCAAAUAGACAUGAGAUCGUCCGACUGCUUCUCUCCUAUGGGGCUAAUGUCAAUUGUUAUUUUAUGCAUGUGAAUGACACUCGAUUCCCCAGUGCCAUUCAAUAUGCCCUAAACGAUGAGCUUAUGCUGAGGCUCCUGCUGAAUAACGGUUACCAAGUGGAGCUAUGUUUUGACUGCAUGCACGGAGACAUCUUUGGAAAUUCCUUUGUGUGGUCAGAGACAGAGGAGGAGGGACUGCCAGGAUGGACAUCUUGCAUAAUAAAAGAUAAUCCGUUCUGUGAGUUUAUUACAGUUCCGUGGAUGAAGCACCUGGUGGGCAGCAUUGUCCGGAUACUGAUAGAUUACAUGGAUUAUGUCCCUCUGUGUGCAAAACUGAAAUCUGUGUUAGAAGUACAGAGAGAAUGGCCAGAAAUACGCCAAAUAAUAGAGAAUCCUUGCUCCUUAAAGCAUCUGUGCCGAUUAAAAAUUCGCAGAGUUAUGGGACUCCAGCGACUCUGCCAGCCAGCCUCCAUGGAGAAGCUUCCUCUCCCAUCAGCGAUACGAAGAUACUUAUUAUUUAAAGAAUAUGAUCUCUACGGACAAUCACUAAAGUUAAUAUAACUUUAAAAUGAUAUUUUUAAAAUGUGAUCCCUAAAGUAUUUUUUUUUAAAUGUGAUUCCCCUAGAGAAGUCACUGGAAUCAUUUUUGUAUUCUUAAGUGUAUUUAACACCACUGAGAAUUUUGUAGCUGUGUCAUGUCCCUAUGGGAAGAACAUGUACACUUUUAAAGACUUUUAAGCUUCUAAGACAAGUAAUAUGCUGUAUUUGAAUUUCUAUUGAUUGUCUUUAGUUGUUAUGAGUCUUCAAAUUCUCCCUAUCAACUGAAUAUCAAUGACUAAGAGUCUAGGCUUAACAGGUAAAUAACUGUUCUCUCACCCCCGCCCCGCACACAUAUGCCAGAAGCUGCCCUGCCUAUUAUUAGAACCACUACUCUAGAAGAGCUCCUUUGUGCGUGCAGAUUUGCCCUGUAAUCCAGCCUCUCCUGAGCUCCUUGGCCCAGUCCCUAACAACUUCCUUGCUGCUAAAUUCUAUAAACAACUUUCGCUCCCUUUCCUGAUGGUUCUUGCAGCAUCUAACUCCAUUUCCUGUUAGUCCUUGGGUUUUGCCAUACUGAUAUCCCGCUCUUUCCCCUCUCUCCCUGUUUCUCUAAGCUGCUCCUCUUCCUGCAGGCCUCUAGUGAUGGGUCCUUUGUCCUUUUCUGAUAAGCUGUUUUCUCUGGGAAAUUCCAUUCACUAACUGUGGUUGUGAUCCGUUUGCUGGGAACCCUAAUGUUUACAGCUGAAGUUCAACCUUUUCUCUCCUAUGCUUCAGACCUGUUGGACAUUGACCUAAUAGACCUCUAAACACAAAGAUUUCUGUAGUGCAACACGUCCUCAAAUCCUUCCUUCACAGAACACUUGUCUCUUACAUUCUGCACUUCAAUAUUAGCACAGUUAAUUCUGUUUCCAAAUGAAAGACUUGGCAUCUGUCUUGACACACACUCCCAUCCCUAUUUUCUCACACAGCAUGCAAACUCAGCAAAUGCCACUGGGUUUCUCUCUUAAAUCCACCAUUUCCUGCUCAGUCCCACAAAUUCCACUAUGCAUCUGUCUGUGUUCUUCCUCUUACUGAGACAGUACAGUGCCACUUACCCAACUCCCUGGUCUUUCUUUUCUCUGUCCUUUACAGAGUCCACACACAGCAUUUCAGAAUGAACUUUCAGAGACUUUAAUAUAGCUCAUUCCCUUGCUGAAAAUAACUCCCUAUUAUUUUGGGAUAAAAAUCUCACAUUCUCCCAGGCCCUUCCUGCUUUAAUGCACCCUCUGUAGCCUAUCUGCAUAUCCCCAACCCCUUUUGGCGAUGUCAUCGUGACACAUCUUCAACAGCAAUUCCUAGGCCUUAUGGAAUUGUAAGACCAGAGGUUUUCAUUUUAUUAAUAAAAAAUAAGGUCUUCUUUUUAAAGGAUACCAACUAUUAUCACCAAUUCAGUUUGAAGGGGGCUUAUUCUUUAGAAUGCUAGAAAACGACAUGGUGGUAAGCUCACUCAUUAAAAUGGAUUGCCAUUUGCUUUGAAAAGACAGACCACGCUGUUAUCUGUUCACUGACAAGCAAAACUUCACUGUGGUCCACAAGUGUCUGAGUCUCUUUGAUGGGAACCAUUGUGAACCUCAGGACCUUUACAUUUCCUUCACCCUCUCUCUCUAAAGUGUUCUUUCCUCUCUUUUCUGCCUCUCUCCCACUGAUUAACUGAUGCUUACACUGCAGAUCCUGACUCAACUGUGGCUUCCUCUGGAUGAAAGCCACUGAGGAGAGCUGCUCAUGUGGUAUUGUAGCACUUUAUUUCACACUAGACUGGAAGCUCCAAGAGGGCAGGGUCGUGUCUGCUUUAUUUCCCAGUAUGUCCUCAAAGCCAAACACACGUCCUAGAAUGUGAAUAUUAUAUAAGAACCAGACCAAAAUAAGCAGUGACUUGGUGGUAAUAUGAUAGGCUAGAGUUUCAACUUGGUGUGUAAACCCAGUAAUAUACUUAUUUAAAUUGUUUAUUCUUUCAUUUGUAAUAGUGUUUUUUAACAUUUAUUUUAUCAUAAAAGUAAAUAUUCUUUUGGUAGUAAUACCUUACUAGUUUGUAAAAUUUUCUGAAUUACAUUUACUUUCAGUUACCUUUGAAAGAUAAAUAAGUCUGGAAAGAAAAUUAUAUAAUUAGUGUUUAUGGUUUCAAUGUAUCU